AUGCUCUUUUCUCUAAUAUUCGACUCAAAUAUUUUCUCCUUCUAUUCGAUUUAUGCGUCGCGCGUCACGGCUCUCCUUCAACCCUCAUCGCUCUCGCUUUCUCAGGCUGUUCGUACUCUUGGCGGGGAUAACUGCCCAGGGAAGGUUCACCGACACCUAAAACGUAUUUUCUGCAGCGCUCAACUUCAGUUGUGGCUGGGAGAAGGCAGCGAGGAGAGGAAUGAUUUUAAAGGGAAGGUUUGUCGUGAGUUUAAACAAUCAUUCUCCGCUCUGCGAAUUCGAGAUAUGGCACUCCGGGUUGUUCGGCAAGGUAGCCGACUCUGA